AUGGACUCUCCUCGCGCCUCUGGUCCUGACAAUGGCAAGGCCUCCACUUCACCGGUCGGGUUCCGCCCUCAGAAUGGCGGUGUCAUCAAGGUGCAACCACCGCGACGUGAAGAUUUGCAACCCUCCUACGCGCAGACUCUUCAGGGAGACGCGGAUGCCGAGAAUUAUGGCUGGUAUGGCUCAAUGAUCGACACCCUCGGAUCGUGCAUUGGUUGCCUUGGUGCCAUCCCUUGCUGCAUCAUCUGCCCGAAUCCCUACAAGCCGGUCUCUCAAGGAAAUGUUGGGUUGGUCACCAAAUUCGGACGGUUCUCUCGCGCUGUCGACCCUGGUUUGGUCAAGGUCAAUCCUCUCUCCGAACGUCUUAUUCAAGUCGAUGUCAAGAUCCAAAUUGUGGAGGUGCCCCGUCAAGUCUGCAUGACCAAGGACAAUGUCACCCUCAACCUGACCUCCGUCAUCUACUACCAUAUCACUUCUCCCCAUAAGGCUGCCUUUGGUAUUUCCAACAUUCGUCAAGCGCUGGUCGAACGAACUCAAACCACCCUCCGUCACGUCGUGGGGGCGCGUGUCCUCCAAGAUGUCAUUGAGCGCCGUGAAGAGAUUGCCCAAUCCAUUGGUGAAAUCAUCGAGGAUGUCGCAUCGGGCUGGGGGGUUCAAGUCGAAUCUAUGCUCAUCAAGGACAUCAUCUUCAGCAAUGACCUGCAAGAUUCCCUGUCCAUGGCCGCUCAAUCCAAGAGAAUUGGGGAAUCCAAAGUGAUUGCGGCUCGUGCCGAAGUGGAAUCGGCCAAACUCAUGAGACAAGCCGCCGAUAUCUUGAGCUCUGCACCGGCCAUGCAGAUCAGAUAUCUGGAAGCGAUGCAGGCUAUGGCGAAGACGGCCAACAGCAAGGUUAUUUUCUUGCCCGCCACCAACCAGACCAUGCCCGCCGAUAUGAUGAACGUGAUGCAGCCACAAACGGCCAGUGGAGAACCUAGUGGUUACAACUCCAAGCAAAACACUGGCAAUGCUUUCAACGCGGAAACAAAUAGUGGCUUCCAACAGGCCAUGAAUGCUCGCGUCAUUGAGAACAUCUAA